AUGGCUCCAGAUACUUUCCCAAAAUUCCUCCAACUCCCCAAAGAGAUUCAGAUCCUCAUCUGGGAAGCCGCAGUCCGCCCAGUCCCAGGCAAUCGCCAUGUUCACCGAUUCUCCAUCGCCGACUAUCGUGUACCCCAGCCGACUCCCACUAGACCGAUAAAAGGGAGAUUUCUGCGCUUGAUGCACAAUAAGAAUUUCGAUUACGACUCUUUGAACAUUGCUUCAGGGCUAUCGCUAGCCAUCCCAACUGAUGAUGUCGCGGGCAAUCCAAAUGACUCAGUCUGCCUGACAGACAGCUCUCUCUGGACUGUUUGCAGGGAAUCGCGCCGAGCGAUGGAAAGACACUUCGCUAAGAAUGAAUGGUGGUCGCACAUCAAGUCUCCCUUUCAUCCGAAACGUACAGCAGAACCAGGCCAAUAUGAUGGUCAAAAAGGUGCCGCUCAUACAGCAUCUUACCAAGACAUCGAUGGUAUCGUCAAGCAUAUCACAAUAGAUCCAGACAACGAUCUCGUUCAUCUUGAUCCUCGAUGGCUUGAACAUGUGGAUUGGUUGAAUAUUGGCGACAGUGGCUUUUUAUCUCUAGUCGACGAAACCCCCUCCCUUGAAAGAUCAGGAUUCAGCUUCCUAGGGAGCAACAUUGCGAUGGAUUAUGACCCCUCGGUUUUCCAUUACGUCAACGACCACAAGUUCCACUACAACCAGAUAGGAUUGGGGAUGGAUUCUGCAACUUUUCAAGACAUGAUCACUUAUCUCACCGAGAUUGCCGAGGUCACGGUAUGGUUUAUCGAUUACAGCUUGGUACGGGCACAACAUAUCACAAGUAAUUUAGAAGAGGGCAGAAGACAGCAAGACAGGAACGCUCAUACCCGAAGGGUGAUCUUCCGUUCAAACGAUUUCAUUUACACGGAAGUCGAAAGAGAAGACAUCGGCACCUCGUGGAUCCCAAGCAACAGCGAUGAUGAAGUUAACAGUGGCAAGAAGGAGACUGCUUUUGAUAUGUUGGACACUCUAUCUCUCAUCCUGUCCGAUGAUAAUCUCGGUACUUUUCGGGUUCUAGCCUGUGAAUCAGUGGUAGGAAGAAUGCCUCAGCCGCGCAUACCGUGGGCACAGAGAUGCGCUUGUUAUCCCGAUAUUCUUGUGCCUCGUAUGCCCCCAUCAACUAUCAAGAGAGAAGGAUCCGAGAGUUCAUCAGAUAUUUCCAGCUCAGACUUGAUAGCUCAGACUUGA